CGGCCAGAAAAAUAAUAAAAUGUCGUCCAGGUACACCCCUUUCUCACUGCACCGCUUCUCUCGUUAACCGCAACAACAUUCUAUUUAUUGCCGGCUUCACGAUUCCAAUCAUUUAUUCCCGAGUUUUUCUGUAUCGCUCAUUAUUAAUUGUUCAACUCAAUUACAUUCUUAUCCUUUGGAAUCGUUGAAAAUGUCGCCAGCCAAGGUCGAACUUGAGAAGCAGGACAGGGAGCGCGAUGCCGCCUUCAACCAGGUGUUGCACGGAAAGUCUGCUCAAGCGACGGGUGGUUUUCGUGCUAUGAUGGGAAAGGGCUCUAGCGCGCAAAAGGCCGCUAUUGACGAGUACUUCAAGCACUGGGACAACAAGGACGCGAAAGAUGAGACUGAAGAAGACCGCGCGAAGCGUACUGCCGAAUAUGCUACACUGACCAGACACUACUAUAACCUCGCGACAGAUCUCUACGAAUACGGUUGGGGCCAGUCCUUCCACUUCUGCCGAUACUCCAUUGGCGAGACCUUCUACCAAGCCAUUUCCCGACACGAACACUAUCUCGCACACCAGAUUGGUAUCAAGGAGGGCAUGCGCGUAUUAGAUGUUGGUUGUGGUGUUGGUGGUCCCGCUCGGGAGAUCGCCAAGUUCACUGGUUGCCAUGUCACAGGGUUGAACAACAACGACUACCAAAUCCAGCGUGCUACACACUAUGCUGCGAAGGAGGGUCUAUCGAAACAAUUAGCGUUCGUGAAGGGUGAUUUCAUGCAAAUGGACUUCCCUGAUAACAGCUUCGACGCUGUUUACGCUAUCGAGGCUACAGUACACGCGCCUAAGCUUGCUGGUGUGUACAGCGAGAUCUUCCGCGUGCUAAAGCCUGGUGGUGUUUUCGGCGUGUACGAAUGGCUCAUGACUGAUGACUAUGACAACGACGACCUGGAACAUCGCAGAAUCCGUCUCGACAUCGAGCAGGGUGAUGGUAUCUCAAACAUGGUUAGAGUGUCCGAGGGUGUUGAGGCUAUGAAGAUCGCAGGCUUUGAUCUUCUCCACCACGAAGACCUUGCUGACCGCCCUGACCCUAUCCCGUGGUACUGGCCUCUUGCUGGUAGAUGGAAGUACAUGCAAUCGGCAUUCGAUGCAUUUACCAUUGCGCGGAUGACGUGGUGGGGUCGCGCGGCUGCUCACCACUUCGCUGGCAUUUUGGAGAUGACUGGUUUAGCUCCAAGGGGUACCAAGAAGACAGCCGAUAGCUUAGCUCGUGCUGCGGACGCUUUAGUCGCUGGUGGAGAGAAGCACCUCUUCACACCGAUGUACCUGAUGGUUGGAAAGAAACCUGAGCAAUGAGCUAUAUGAACGGGUUCGUAUGGCGCUAUGGAGAUUGAUGGACGAGGUGCUUAUAAGCACAAUAAUGAGAAAAGAAGCAACGUCAAAAUACUUGCUUAAUAUUAAUAAUGCAUCAUUCAGGAGGGUUUAAGAUUAUUCAGACUUCUGAAUUUAUUGUACAUAUGACAUUGAAGCAUACCAAUGUACUUAACUAGCAUAUUGAAGUUUAUCGUUUUAUUAGACGUACUGGCAUUACCCGGAAAAAUAGAGGAAUUGAAAAA